AUGUCUAAUCUUGCGGUAUCUACCCCGCCUAAGGAUCCUGCUGUGCCUGUGCAAGCUCGUGCCUUGUCCCAAAACUUGCCAGAUGCUGGCUUACGAGGUCUUGAUCAUUACUCCCGUAAACUCCCAAAAUGGCGUUAUCGUCUAAGGCAGUCCCUGCUACCUGUCGUCCGAUGGGAGACUCCUUAUUUGGCCAAGGUCCAACAGACCUGUCGGACUCCCUUUCUUGACUCGUAUUUUGCAAUGACUGCCAAUCUCGGUACCCAUACCUUUUUCAUGGCUGCCCUUCCUGUGUGCUUCUGGUGUGGUUACACCAGCGUUGGUAGAGCUCUGGUGCAUAUGCUUGCCUUGGGUGUCUUCAUAAGUGGAUGGAUCAAAGACCUGGUCUGUCUGCCGAGACCCCUAUCUCCUCCUCUGCAAAGAAUCACAAUGUCUGGUUCUGCCGCACUGGAGUAUGGCUUCCCAUCAACACACUCGACGAACGCCGUCUCCGUGGCCACGUACUUCCUGUAUCAACUGCACACUUCGGCCGAUGAUGUCGCAUCACCUCAAAGAAUCUUCGGCCUGUGUCUUGGAUACUUCUACGCGAUAUCCAUCGUCCUUGGCCGUAUGUACUGUGGAAUGCACGGAUUCUUCGAUGUGAUUGUUGGGAGCGCUCUCGGUGCGCUGAUUGCUGUGGUACAACUGGCAUACGGGACGCCUUUCGAUGAUUGGAUCGCGGCAGGUUCUUGGACUCAUCCAGCAUUGGUAUUCUUGGUUGUGCUACUUGCAGUCCGGUUCCACCCCGAGCCGGCGGAUAAUUGCCCCUGCUACGAUGAUAGUGUUGCUUUUGCUGCCGUAGUGUUGGGCUGUCAGUUAGGACACUGGCAUUUCGCCGGAACAAGUAUUGCAGUCAUUGGUGAAGCUCCAGCAACUGUGUUUUUCAGCCUCGAACAACUCGGAUGGUUCAAGACGCUGGCUCGUGUCGUUGGAGGCGUCGUGAUUGUCUUCCUAUGGAGAGCUUCGAUGAAGCCUAUUCUUCUCAGAUGUCUCCCUCCACUGUUCCGCUUCCUCGAAACAGGAGGUGCGACUCUGCCUCGACGAUUCUUCACCCAAGCAAGCGAGUAUAAGAGGGUACCAACUCUCCGCCGAGACGACAAUGUCAUUCCCUCAGCUUCAGAAAUCCCAGGAAUGUUGUCCAAUCUUCGUCAUCCGCGCAAACGCGGCAUUUCAGUAGGGCCGCAGUCAGAGGCGGAUGCACGUGAAUUUAUCGCCAACAGAGAACGUAAACGUAGAGAAAGUCGGUCGUCUGCAGACGGCAACGAUUCUCGACCUCAGCUCAGCAAAAUGCCAGGCGGCUCAUUCUACAGCUCAACUCUGGAUAAGGGACACGACACUGUCAAGCAAAGGCGAUUUGAGGACAAUACGGGCUCGUUUGGAGUAGUCACACCACUUGCGACGCCUCGUCAAGCGGGUGACCUUUUAAUGCCCGAUCCGUUCAACACACUGCCAUUGACACCACCACAAAGUGACAGCGGAAAUGGUAGCGACGCAGGAAGAGAAGAAAAGGAAGAGAGGGAAGAUGCGGAACAAGAUCACCAGAUGUUUCUUGCACUGGCUAAGCCGCGAGUGCGGUACGAUGUUGAAGUCGUGACCAAACUGGUCAUUUACGCAGGCAUUGCUUGGCUUGCCGUAGAGGGCAAUCCACUGCUCUUCGAGAUAGCGGGGGUUGGAAACGACAAGUACGCUAUCAACCUUCACUUCUCAGGAAACAACCAACAUCACGACUCUCUAGUCCACCAUAUCACCCCUGUCGCAGUUUCCGCGCACGAUAGUUUGGUCAACGGCUCUCAGCGCUCAUGUCGGAUUUCACAUCAGCAAGCAACAAAUAAGAUGGAGGACCCUCUGGUCCCGGCGACAAAUGGAGCGGCCAUCGGAAGGCCUGUCUCACCAGCUCCGCCAACUACAUCGACGAUAGAUCCACAGUUGAUCAUCUCAUACCUGGAAUCCGUCCUUCAUGUCACCCUUGGGGCUUCGAGAAAGGAGUUGGAGGCCAACAACAGUUUCCUGAGCCCGGAGAACUUGUCAGAAACACUUGUGCGAUGUCAGAGAUUUGCAUCAGAAGCACAGGUUGCCAUCUACGUGCAGCAGGAAACUUUGGACGCGGUUGACGGCUUCCAAGGAGACGAUGAUGCCUUCGUGUCGACACAAUCCACUUACCUCCUCGGCUCCAAACUCACAUAUACGCCCUCGACGGCAUCAUGCGUUGCGAUCCUCAAGCGACCAGUGCCCAUCCUCCCCACAGUUCCCAUCAGCAGCCAGCUGUCGGUGAUCAAUUUACCAGGCGCAGGCGCCUCCUUGUCGACUAACGCCAAUACCGGAUCCUCUGCUUCGCCCUUCGAAGCCCUUCACUCCCUCGUACACUUCGCCCUGGCCCCCUACUUCGAUGCUUGCACAAAAAGUCAAGAAUCAAAUCAUGCAUACACAAAGCACACAGAUGCAGAGUCGCGCACUGGCAUUCCUGGAGCAAAGAGGAGGAUCGCCGAGCUUGAGCUCAGUCUGAGAAACCUACAACAGAACAUCGAUGUACCCGAUCUUCAUCUGCCUAUACAUCCCGUAAUUCAAGCCGCCAUCGAGGAAGCCGCUACCCGUAAUGAAAAGCCCACCUCAGCGCAUUUGCCACAGUCUCUACUGACGGAUGCCCAUUUCCUAAAUAACCUGCAAGCUGCCGUGAAUGGCUGGAUCAAGGCUAUUCAAGAGAGUACACAACGCUCUCGCGACCCCAGUACAGGUACAGCUAUGCAGGAGAAGAACUUCUGGUUGUCCAUGGAGUCAGCCUUAGACAGCAUCGAGCGCCAACAAAAUAGCGACCCCGUCCGCCUGUCUCUAGAUGUAUUGAGUCAGGCAAAACGCCACGCCACCGCUGUCAGUUUCCACGCCGAUACUGGCUUCAAAGAGGCCGCCGACAAGGUCCAAAAGUACAACCAGCUGAUGAGAGAUCUUCCGCUGGAGGAGCUGCUCGCUGCCGCGACCUUGAUAAAGGUCCAAGAAUCACUUGAUCAGGUCUUCCAGCACAUCAACAAGAAGCUGAGAGUGUGCGCAUAUCCUAUACGUCGUGCUUUGCCCUUGGUCGAAGCCGUCUCCGGUGAUCUGGAUAUAAGGCUCCACGAAUUGCUCCACGGCCGCAGCCUCAUGCAUUUGGACUUUCAAGAGUUCCAAAGCCUGAUGGCCGCGACAGAUAAGAUUUGGGAUAUCUGGGAAGACAACUUCAAAGAAUUCGCCAAUGCUGCAAGAGAAGUGAUCAGACGCAGAGGUGAGAAGUUCAUUCCUAUCAAGAUCGAUCCUCGUCACAAGCAGACGAAAGAGCGUCUAAAGUAUAUCAACACUUUCCGCGUCAACCACGAGCAGCUUCGUGACACAAUUGCCAACGUCCUCGGCGAGGACCAAGACAACAUUCACAACGAUCGCGUCUCGGGCCCUGUCAUCAUCGAGGAGAUGGGCGAUGUCGAUGCCAUUGACGAGAUCUCACAAGCCUAUUCUGUUUUGAAGGACGUGGAUGUUCUUGAUGUUUCAGAGGAGGGCACUCGCAUCUGGGUACGUGCUGAAGCUACAUACAACGAGCGCACAGCACGCGUAGAGAACUCGAUCAUCGCUCGCUUGAGAGAUCGCCUGGCGCUUGCUAAGAACUCCAACGAGAUGUUCCGUGUGUUCUCAAAGUUCAAUGCUCUUUUUGUGCGACCGAAGAUUCGUUCUGCCAUUUCUGAGUACCAAACGCAGCUUAUUGGCAAUGUCAAGAACGAUAUUGCUGCCUUGCAGGAACGUUUCAUGCACCCGUACGGUCAUACUGAGACACAUGCAAUGGCCCAGCUCCGUGAUUUGCCUCCUGUCUCUGGUGCCAUUAUUCGCACAAGACAAAUAGAAAGGCAGCUCAAUGCUUAUAUGAGCAAGGUUGAGGACGUUCUAGGCAAAGACUGGGCUCUGCAUGUUGAAGGCCAGAAACUCCAAACCGAGAGCAACAUGUUCAGGAAGAAGCUUGAUGUCAAGCCUGUAUUCGACGAAUGGCUACGCGACGUCAAUCGCCGACAGCUAUCCGUUUCUGGCCGCUUGUUCGCUAUCAGCCGCAACCGUGCCAGUGGCAACAUCCUCGAGCUGAGUGUAAGUUUCGACGCUCAAGUCAUUGCGCUGUUCAAGGAAGUCCGAAAUUUGCAGUGGCAAAAGUUCACCAUCCCACAUGCGAUAAACAACACGUCGAAAGAGGCCAGGCGUGUGUACCCUUACGCUGUCAGUCUGAUGGAAAGUGUCAACACUUAUGCUCAAACCAUCAACGUCAUCGACAGUAUGCCCGAGGUCUCAAUGCUUGUUAAUGGCGUCCGAAGUGAAGUGCAAGCACUCAUCGCAAAGGGCACCCCUCUCAAGUGGGAUAGUCUAUCGGGUGCUUACGAGGUCAACGUUCGCCAAAUGCCCUCAGGAUCAUCUGAUCAGACAGAAAGCAAGCAUGUCAAGUUUAUCAGAGACUUUGCCAAGGCGGUUCGUGACUUGCAAGAAAAGACAUCGCUAUUGUCGUCCAUCAACAUCGCUGUUCACGCCGCCCUUACUGAGCUUGAAACAUGCCCAUACACCCAAGAAGCAUUCAGACAACAGAUUGACAUCAUACAAAAGUCGGUUGAUCAACUGAACUUGAAGAGUUUCUCCAACCUCUCUUUGUGGGUCGCUGAGACGAACCAGAAGAUCCAACUCGUCCUGUUGUCUCGACUACAGCACGCACUGAGGCAAUGGAUCUCGGUCUUUGCCGCCCAGAGAGACGGUGAAGAUGAUGAUAACGACGAUGCUGAGCAGGAUCGCGACGUACCUCAGUUCGAGCCUUGUUUGCAUGAAAUGGCCAUGCGCAAUCAGUCAAUCUACCUUGAUCCGCCGCUUGAAAGUGCGAGAGCUUCGUGGCUUCAACACCUUCACGACUGGCUCAGCAUCGUUUGUAGCUUGCCAAAGAUCCAAGCUGAGAGAUUCGAGCUCGCUCUUGGCUUUAAUCUGGAUACCGUUGCUGCUACUUUCUCGGACCUGCCACUAUUGUGUGUCGAUCCUCUUUCAAACGCCUAUAACGCAGUGGAAGACAAAAUCUCCGUCAUCAGCGGCUAUGUGGAUCAAUGGCUCCAAUUCCAGUCCUUAUGGGACCUGCAGUCUGAACAGGUGUAUGACUAUCUGGGCGAGGAUCUUGCCAUGUGGCUGCAACUUCUACUCGAAAUUCGUAAGAAGCGCGAGACUUUCGAUACCACUGAGACUACUCGCUCGUUUGACCAUCUCACAAUUGAGUAUGAGCAAGUGCAGCUCAAGGUCAAUGCCAAGUAUGACCAGUGGCAACAUGAGUUGCGGACACAAUUUGCUCAGAGACUAGGCAACCGCAUGUCUGAGGUCUUCGCCGCACUCCAGAAGGCUAGACAGGAGCUUGAGGGGCAGUCACUGGAAGCCUCUUCUACUGCUCAAGCUGUGACAUUUAUCACCACAGUCCAACAAUGCAAACGUAAGGUCAAGGCAUGGGAGCCUGAGAUCAAUACUUUCCGCGACGGACAGAAAACACUCAUCAGACAGAGAUACCAGUUCCCCGCCGAUUGGCUCUAUGUCGAGCAGAUUGAUGGCGAAUGGACUGCACUCAAUCAAGUCCUCGACCGCAAGAGCAAGGUAAUUGAGGAUCAAACAGAUGCUCUGAAGGCCAAGAUUGUCGCGGAAGAUAGAGUCGUGGCUGGGCGCAUCACCGAAUUGACCGCUUCUUGGAAUGACAGCAAACCUGUAUCCGGAACCAUCCCACCAGAGGAAGCAGUGUCAACUCUAGGGGAGUUCGAGACCGGCUUUGCACAACUCAACGAGCAAUCAGAGAUGGUCGCCAAAGCUAAGGAAGCACUUAAUCUCCCGCCUAGUGCAGACUAUGGCCUCGCUUCACUUCUUGAGGAGGUGCAAGACUUCAAGUCUGUAUGGGCGAACCUCAAGAUGGUUUGGGACGGACUAAAUGAGCUUCGCGAGCAGUUAUGGUCCAGCAUACAGCCCAGAAAACUUCGCCAAAGCUUAGAGAAGCUCAUCCAAAUGACCAAGGAGAUGCCUAGUAGAAUGCGACAAUACGCAGCGUUCGAGCACGUUCUUGGCGUUCUUCGUGGUCUCCUCAAGGUAAACCCUAUCCUCUCUGACUUGAGAUCAGACGCCGUCAAGGAAAGGCACUGGAUCAAGAUUUUCAAGGCCCUCAAGCCGUCUCAACGCUACUCUUCUAUCUCAAUGACGCUCGGCGAUAUCUGGGAUCUGCAACUUGGACCUAGUGAAGUGAUCAUCAGGGAUGUCAUUACCCAAGCUCAAGGUGAGAUGGCUCUCGAAGAGUUCUUGCGUCAAGUCAAGGACACCUGGCAAAACUACUCACUCGAGUUGGUAAACUACCAGAAUCGUUGCAGACUCAUCCGUGGUUGGGACGAUCUUUUUGCAAAGUGCAGUGAGCACCUCAACUCUUUGCAAGCAAUGCGCCACUCGCCCUAUUACAAAGUUUUCGAAGAAGAUGCAUCUACGUGGGAAGAGCGUCUCAACCGAGUCCAUCUACUGUUCGACGUAUGGAUAGAUGUGCAGCGCCAAUGGGUCUAUCUCGAAGGUGUCUUCACUGGUAAUGUUGAUAUCAAGGCCCUCCUUCCCAUGGAGUCUAACCGCUUUAACAACAUUAACACGGAGUUCUUGGCUGUGCUGAAGAAGGUCUACAAGUCGCCUCUAGUACUUGACGUACUCAACAUUCCUGGAGUACAGAAAUCUCUCGAGCGUCUAGCAGACCAGCUAAACAGAAUCCAAAAGGCUUUGGGAGAGUACCUUGAACGUGAAAGAGUCUCGUUCCCUCGCUUCUACUUUGUCGGCGACGAGGACUUGCUUGAAAUCAUCGGCAACAGCAACGACACCUUGCGUAUUGCUAAGCACCUGAAGAAGAUGUUUGCUGGUAUCUCCGGUGUCAUCACUGAUGAAGAGGCAAACAUCACAGGCAUCACGUCACGAGAAGGAGAGCGGGUCAUGCUAAAGAAGAUCGUCUCUCUGACCAAGACGCCCAGAGUCAAUGAGUGGCUAGGCGCACUGGAAACACACAUGAAGGAGACUCUCGCCGAGUCUUUCACCGAUGCAUUUACUGCCUUUGAUGAGCUUGCUGGUCAAGAAAUCAUCGACGGCUCUGCCCUGGAAGCUUUCAUCAAUGACUACCCUGGUCAAAUUGUUGUACUUGCCACUCAAGCAUGCUGGACAAAGUGGGUUGGUACAGCUCUUAGUGAGAGCGGCGCUUCGUUGCCGAAGUUGUUUGACCGUCUCGUUGAGGUGUUGCGUUUGCUCGCUGCCUCCGUCUUGGGUGAUCUUGAUGCUCUCUACAGAAAGAAGUGCGAGCAUCUCAUCACCGAGUUUGUGCACCAGAGAGAUACCGUCGAGAAGCUCGUCAACGCAAGUGCAGAUUCUCCAACUCACCAUCUCUGGCUUCUUUCGAUGCGCUACGAAUACCAGCCUGAAGCCGAUCUGCUGGACCGUGUUCAAAUCAAGAUGGCGAACGCCGUUCUUGCUUACGGCUUUGAAUACUUGGGCUUACCUGAUCGUCUUGUCCGCACUCCUCUAACAGAUCGCUGUUUCCUCACGCUCACCCAGGCUCUAUGCCAGAGACUCGGUGGCUCGCCUUACGGACCUGCAGGUACUGGUAAGACCGAAUCGGUCAAGGCACUUGGUGUUCAGCUUGGUCGCUUCACUCUGGUCUUCAACUGUGACGACACUUUUGAUUAUCAAGCCAUGGGCCGAAUUUUCCUCGGUAUUUCACAGGUCGGUGCUUGGGGUUGUUUCGACGAGUUCAACAGACUGGAAGAGCGAAUUCUGUCUGCCGUCUCUCAGCAGAUCCAAAAUAUCCAGCUUGGUCUGCGCAAGAGCACAAGCGAGCAGAAGGCACAGAUCGAGCUUAUCGGACGCCAACUCAUCGUGCAUCAAAACACUGGUCUGUUCAUCACUAUGAACCCUGGUUAUGCAGGCCGUUCAAAUCUGCCAGACAACUUGAAGAAGUUGUUCCGCAGUGUCGCUAUGUCAAAGCCUGACAAGGAGCUAAUCGCAGAGGUUAUGCUUUACUCUCAAGGUUUUUCACAGGCCAAACCUCUCUCAAGACAGGUUGUCCCCUUCUUUGAUCGUUGCGGGGCUAGCCUCUCGAAUCAGCCUCACUACGACUUCGGUCUUCGUGCCUUGAAAAGCGUCCUCGUAAGCUCCGGCGGUCUGAAGCGAUCUCGUCUCGUGGAUCAUGCCGGAGAGACACUUCCCGAAGAAAUCGUCGAGCCUCAAAUCAUUGUCCAGAGUCUUCGCGAAACAAUCGCACCCAAGCUUGUCCGACCCGACGUUGACGUGAUGCGCCAAGUCGAAGAUGAAGUCUUCCCUGGCGUACAGUAUGUGCCAGCUGAGUUGGCUGAUCUCAAGAAGGCUAUCAGAGACGUCGCUGCAGAGAAGAAGUUGAUCGCAACCGACUCAUGGAUGACCAAGGUCCUUCAGCUCUACCAGAUCCAGAACAUUCAUCAUGGUGUUAUGACCGUCGGUAGCUCCGGAACUGGUAAGUCCACCGCUUGGAAGGCCUUGCUCGCUGCCCUGCAACGCGUCGAUGGUAUUGAAGGUGUUUGUCACAUCAUUGAUCCCAAGGUUAUGUCCAAGGAAAGUCUUUAUGGCACCUUGGAUGCUACUACACGCGAGUGGACAGACGGUCUCUUCACAAGCAUCCUCAGAAAGAUUGUCGACAACCUUAGAGGAGAGGAUAGCAAGCGCCACUGGAUCAUCUUUGACGGCGACGUCGAUCCUGAGUGGGUUGAAAACUUGAACAGUGUUCUCGAUGACAACAAGCUCCUUACCUUGCCUAACGGUGAGCGUCUCAAUCUACCCGCAAAUGUCCGCAUCAUGUUCGAGGUCGAGACUCUCAAGUACGCUACCCUAGCUACCGUCAGUCGUUGUGGUAUGGUCUGGUUCAGCGACGACACAGUGACCACCGAGCUCAUGAUUUCCAACCACUUGGCCGAGUUGCGCAGCGCCAGCUUCGACGACCUUGAUGAGGACUCUAUCCUUACCACGCAGACUGCUGCAGCUGUGGAAGCUGUACAGAACCAGGUCGCCGAUCUGCUCCAAGAACGUCUCGCCUCGAACAACUUCUGCACCCAGGCUCUUAGCGAAGCCAAAAUCUACAACCAUAUCAUGGAGUUCACAGAGAUCAGAGCUCUAACUACACUCUUUUCCCUCCUGCGCAAGGCUUGCAGAUCGAUCAUCGAGUACAACGUACAACACCCUGACUUCCCUCUGGAGCUUGAGCAGAUUGAGUCUUUCAUAUCCAAGAAGCUCGUUCUCGCUAUCAUCUGGUCCUUUGUCGGAGACUGUCCUCUGACUGAUCGCAAGACCUUCGGCGACUACAUCGCCAGUCUUGCAGCUAUCGAUCUGCCACCUAUUGUGGAUCAAGGCUCAAUGAUUGACUACGAUACGGUUCUUCCUGAAUCUCAAUGGACCGAUGUCGUGAUUCCUACUGUCGACACAAUUCGCCACGAGGAUGUGCUAUACUCAUGGCUCGCAGAGCACAAGCCACUGUUGCUUUGUGGCCCUCCUGGAUCGGGUAAGACGAUGACACUUUUCAGCGCCCUGAGAAAAUUGCCUACUCUCGAAGUGGUUGGCCUCAACUUCUCCAGUGCUACCACCCCCGAGCUACUUGUGAAGACUCUUGAACAGUACUGCGAGUACAAGAAGACACUCAACGGCACCACUCUCGCACCUACACAGAUCGGUCGCUGGCUCGUGCUGUUCUGCGACGAGAUCAAUUUGCCCGCUCCGGACAAAUACGGUACCCAAAGAGUUAUCUCGUUCCUCCGCCAAAUGGUUGAGCAUGGCGGCUUCUGGCGCACUGCUACUAAGACUUGGGUCAGCCUCGAGCGCAUCCAAUUCGUUGGUGCUUGUAACCCUCCUACAGAUGCUGGCCGUACGCCACUUGGAUUGAGAUUCUUGAGACAUGCACCACUUAUCAUGGUCGACUACCCUGGUGAGCUGUCCCUAACUCAAAUCUACGGCACAUUCAAUAGCGCUGUCCUCAAGAUUGUUCCCUCCCUUCGUGGUCACUCAGAGGCCCUCACGAGAGCUAUGAUUCAGCUCUACUCAGAAUCUCAGAAACGAUUCACUGCAGACAUUCAGCCUCACUACGUUUACUCUCCUCGUGAGUUGACUCGUUGGGUUCGUGCCGUGUACGAAGCUAUCAAGCCUCUCGAGACGCUCACCCUAGAAGGUCUGGUCAGAAUCUGGGCUCACGAAGCUCUCCGACUCUUCUCUGACAGACUCAUCGCUGAAGAUGAGAGACAAUGGACUGAAGAGGCUGUCGACAGGAUUGCGGUUGAGCACUUCCCCAACGUCGAUGAAGUAACCGCUCUGCAGCGUCCCAUCCUUUACUCUACUUGGAUGUCCAAACACUACGAGCCUGUUGAUCGCGAGCAACUUCGUGACUACCUUCGCAUCCGUCUACGCCAAUUCUGCGAAGAAGAGCUUGACGUGCCUCUCAUCUUGUUCAAUGACGUUCUUGAUCACAUCCUUCGCAUUGACAGGGUCUUCAGGCAGCCUCAAGGACAUCUCAUCCUUAUUGGUGUCAGCGGAAGUGGCAAGACUACCUUGUCCCGCUUUGUUGCUUGGUCAAGUGGUCUCAAGGUCUUCCAGAUCAAGGUUCACGGCAAGUACACGGCCGAAGACUUUGAUGACGACCUCAGGAACGUUCUUCGAAGAUGUGGUGUCAAGGGUGAGAAAAUCUGCUUCAUCAUGGAUGAGUCAAAUGUUCUCGACUCUGGCUUCUUGGAGCGCAUGAACACUCUGCUGGCAAAUGGUGAAGUACCUGGUCUGUUCGAGGGUGAUGAGUUUGCCUCUCUUAUGACAGCUUGCAAGGAAGCCGCCCAGAGCAAGGGCCAGCUUUUGGAUUCUCAAGAAGAGCUCUACAAGUGGUUCACGCAGCAGAUCGUGCAGAAUCUGCACGUAGUCUUCACCAUGAACCCUCCUACGGAAGGCCUGUCGUCAAAGGCAGCCACCAGUCCUGCCUUGUUCAACAGAUGUGUACUCAACUGGUUCGGUGACUGGUCUGACCAAGCACUUUUCCAGGUCGGCUACGAGCUUACACAAUCCGUCGAUCUCGAUCGAGCAUCUUAUGCUUCGCCGGAUAGUAUUCCGGUUGCCUACAGACAGCUCCAAUUACCAGCCUCACACCGUGAUGCCGUGGUUAACUCUAUGGUUCAUGUGCAUCACUCUAUGCACAAGUUCAACGCUAGACUGCUCCGUCAACAGAACAAGACCACCUAUCUCACUCCUCGCCACUUCCUCGAUUUCCUAUCUCAGUUUGUUAAGCUCUACAACGAGAAGCGCGGCGACUUGGAAGAACAGCAACGCCAUCUAAACACUGGUCUGGACAAGUUGCACACGACUACUGUCCAGGUUUCUGACAUGUCAAAGAGUUUGACCGACAAGAACGUUCAGCUACAAACAAAGGAUGCUGAGGCCAACGAGAAGUUGCAACGUAUGAUCGCUGAUCAGCGUGAGGCCGAAACUCGCCGUGCUGCAUCACUCGAAGUCCAAAAUGCUUUGGUAGAGCAGGAGAGAAUUGUCGCAGAAAGACGAGAAGUUGUGCUUCAUGACUUGGCACAGGCCGAGCCUGCUGUUAUUGAAGCUCAGAAGAGUGUCAGCAAUAUCAAGAAGCAGCAUCUGACCGAAGUGCGUUCUAUGCAGAAUCCUCCCUCAGGUGUCAAGCUCGCGCUCGAAUCAGUCUGCACCCUGCUAGGUCACAAGGCACCUGACUGGAAGACUAUUGUGUCUAUCGUCCGUCGCGACGAUUUCAUCGCAAGCAUUGUGAACUACGACAACGAAAGACAGAUGACCAGCAGCCACAGAAUCAGGAUGCAGAGAGAGUUCUUGUCCAAGGAUGACUUCAGCUUCGAGCGUGUCAAUCGUGCCAGUAAGGCUUGUGGUCCUCUUGUCCAAUGGGUUGAGGCCCAGGUUAACUACUCGGCCAUCCUUGAUCGCAUCGGACCUCUCAGAGAGGAAGUUGCUCACCUCGAGGAGGAGGCUUUGCAGACCAAGGCUAACGCGCAGGCAAUCUUCUCCGAGAUCAAGAAGCUCGACAACAACAUUGCCACUUACAAGACUGAGUAUGCUGCUCUCGUCAGUCAGGUAGAGGCUAUCAAGAGCGAGAUGGCUCGUGUUCAGAGCAAGGUCGAUCGAAGUUCUCGCCUGAUCAAGAAUCUAUCCUCUGAACGCGAGAGAUGGGAUGAGACCAGCAAGUCCUUUGACGCACAGAUGGACACCAUCGUUGGUGACGUCUUCCUUGCGGCCGCUUUCCUUGCGUAUGGUGGUCUUUAUGAUCAGCAGUAUCGCAAGGCGAUGCUCGAGGAUUGGGCGUUCCAGCUUGCAGCUUCUAGCAUCCACCACAAACCACACAACCCCAUGGCUGAGUAUCUCUCUACAGCAGAUGAUAGACUGCAAUGGCAACAGAACUCGUUGCCUGUUGACGACCUCUGCACGGAAAAUGCCAUUAUGCUUCAGCGUUUCAAUAGAUACCCUCUCAUCAUCGACCCCUCGGGCCGUACUGUGGAGUUCCUGCAAAACGAGUGUAAGGAUCGUAGACUGACCGUCACAAGUUUCCUCGACAGCUCGUUCACCAAGCAAUUAGAGAGUUCGCUGCGUUUCGGUAAUCCUAUUCUUAUUCAAGACGCCGAACAUCUGGACCCUAUUCUCAACCAUGUACUCAACAAGGAGUAUCAAAAAACUGGUGGUCGUGUGCUCAUCCAGCUCGGAAGACAGGAGAUUGAUUUCUCACCCGCCUUCCGCCUCUAUCUCACCACCAGAGAUCCUUCGGCGACGUUCGCUCCUGACAUCUGCAGCAGAACCACAUUCGUCAACUUCACGGUCACUCAAAGCAGUCUGCGCACUCAGGCCCUCAACGACGUUCUCAAGUCCGAGCGUCCUGAUGUGGACGAGAGACGUACUAACCUUGUCAAGACCCAGGGUGAGUUUAGGCUGCGCCUUCGCCAUCUUGAGAAGCAGCUUCUGCGUGCUCUCAACGAGUCUCAAGGCAAUAUCCUAGACGAUGACAAGGUCAUCCAAACACUUGAGACUCUCAAGAAGGAAGCCAGCGAGAUUGCUGUCAAGGCUGCGGAGACCGAUGGCGUCAUGACAGAGGUUGAGCGUAUCACCAUGUCUUACGAUGUCAUUGCUCAAUCUUGCUCGGCAAUCUUUGCUGUACUCGACCAGCUGUACCACAUCAACCACUUCUACCAGUUUUCGUUGCAGUACUUUGUCAACAUAUUCCACACUGUGCUCCUUGCUUCUAAGAGUAGACCUGCUGGGAGCCAUGAAAACAGAGUCGAUGCUAUCAUCAAGGAGAUCUUUAUCAGCACCUACCGCAGCACUGCCCUUACUUUGCUGCAAAAGGACCGCAUCACAUUUGCCAUGCUUCUCGCUCAAGCCUCGCCUCUGAAGAUGGAUAAGUCGUUGAUCGACAAAGUGCUGGAUGAAGAUAUCAAGGGCGUCGACUUGUCGACCAACCCUGAGCUGAGAGAUGAGGCUAUGUCGCGCGCUUCAACCAUUAAGCAGUUUAAGAAUGGCCUUGAUCGAGUCUCCGAGGAUGAGUGGAACAGUUUCUUCUCCGCCGAGUUCCCCGAGAAGAACGUACCCGUGCUCGGAGAGACUGACAAUGAGCUCGACCGAAGACUUCUGAACCUCUUGAUAAUCAAGGUCUUGCGUGUUGACCGUCUUGUCCCAGCGGCAGAGGUGUUCAUCACUUCAUUGUUCGGCGCAGCUAUGCUCGACAUUAGCGAUGAUCUCAGCCGUAUUGUCAAGGAAGUCACAGCACACACUCCUAUCGCUCUUUCCUCAUCGCCUGGCUUCGACGCUAGUUACAAGGUCGAUCAGCUUGUUGAACGCACAGCCUCGCGUUGCGCAAACGUCGCCAUGGGUUCCAACGAGUCUUUGGCCAACGCCGAUGGCGCUCUUGCCAAUGCUGCAGCGACUGGCUCAUGGGUCAUGGUCAAGAAUGUACAUUUGGCUGCUCACUGGCUUCAGAAUCUGGAAAAGAGAAUUGAUAGUCUCAAGCCUCAUCCUGACUUUAGACUCUUCUUGUCCAUGGAGAGCUCGCCCAAGAUCCCUGUCAAUUUACUGAGAGCUUCCAGAGUGCUGAGUUACGAGCAACCCGCUGGUAUCAGAGCCAAUAUGCGCGACUCUAUGGCCUCGUUGAAGGAAAGUGGCCCCCAACAGCCUGUUGAAAAGGUCAGAGUAUACUUCUUACUUGCCUUUUUACAUGCUGUUGUUCAGGAGCGCUUGAGAUAUGCACCUCGUCUUGGAUGGAGCGGCUUCUGGGAAUUCAACGACAGUGAUUUCGAAUGCUCGAUUUUCAUCAUCGAUACCUGGAUGACCACCGUCGCCGGCACACGCUCCAACAUUUCCCCCCACUCGAUCCCUUGGUCCCUCCUCCGUAUCAUGGUAACCGAAACCUACGGCGGCAAAAUCGACAGCGCGGCCGACUUUGCCAUUUUAUCACAACUGGUCAACUCGGUGCUCACACCCGCAGCCUUUGAGGAAAACUUUUCCCUUCAACAAGGACUCGUGGUACCUACUGGAACCAGCAAACGAGACUUUGAGACAUGGAUCAAAUCGUUACCGGAGAGGGAGCCACCUACUUAUUUGGGCUUGGAAGCCAAUGCGGAGAAGUUGUUACUUGUGGCGCAUGCGGAUGAAAUGUGUGAGGGUCUGAGACGGGUUUUGGAGGUUUUGGACGAAGGGGAAGCUGUCAUGGCGGAAGCUGCUGAAGUCGUGGAGGUGUGA